UCUCCAUUCACCUAAAUGCUCUUUGCCUCCCUUUUCCCUCAUCUUCCUUACCUUUUUGACACUGUUUCUGCACCUUAUUUUUCUGUCUUCUUCAUCUAGGGUUUCUUUUCUCAACUCAACCCAACAAUAAAGAGUUCAAAAGAUUCUCAUCUUUCAAUGGCUGCAAUGUUUUUCUCCGUUGGCGGACAAUCAAACGAUAGUGAUUGAAAGAAGUUACUCUAGGGAGACAAGGUUAAAAUAAUGAAAGUUGCAUUAUUUUAGGUUGCACUUGCAGACCUUGAAUCAGGCUUUGUGAAGAUGGCUUCUUCCAGCUACUCCAAUUCUCCCUGUGCAGCCUGCAAAUUCCUAAGGAGAAAAUGCUUGCCAGGUUGCAUCUUCGCCCCAUAUUUUCCGCCCGAGGAGCCACACAAAUUUUCCAAUGUCCACAAAAUAUUUGGAGCAAGCAAUGUUAGCAAACUCCUCAAUGAAAUUGCGCCCCAUCAAAGAGAAGAUGCAGUCAACUCUCUCGCAUAUGAAGCUGAGGCACGGAUGAAAGAUCCGGUGUAUGGUUGUGUUGGAGCAAUCUCAGUCCUCCAACGACAAGUUCUUCGACUUCAGAAAGAAUUGGAUGCCACUAAUGCUGAUUUGAUGCGGUUCACCAGCAAUGAACAGCCUACCACGAUGCCUGCCUUUGAUUUUGAGUAUGGUAGAAGGAUGGAUCAAGGAGGGGGUGCAUUUGAUCAGAGUUAUGGUGGUUUUUCUUAUCCUUAUAACUCUCCAUGGAAUAAUAACCCUUCAGGAGAUAGCCCUGAGGGAGGAGGAGAUGGUAGUGUGUAGCAUGUGAUAUUAUAUAUAAUGGCAGUUCAGUGCACGAGACUCCUAUUACUGUAGAUUCUGGGCACGAUCAGAUGUACGUAACUUUCUUUCCGCUUGCGAAGAAAUUAUUUUUGUGAUUUGAACGCAUGACAUCUUGGUUGCAAAGCAACUUUAUCGCUUCACCAAGACCUGCCUCGUAGCAUGUGAUAUUAUAUAUGUGCAUUGUUUUAGGUAGUGACCCAUGAGGGAGGUGUGUUAUGUGUAAAACCGUAUGUGCAUAUUAGAUGGGGUUUCUUCACCACAUUUGUAAGGGACUUGGUUUUAUGGAAUAUAUAGUCUUGUAUGGUAUUUUGUGAAGAGGGUUUUUAAUAAGAUUAAGUUAAUUAAA